AUGGAGUCGCUUGUUGUGGCUCUGGCUUCCUGUGCUGGCGUCGUUUUAUUGCUGCAAUACAACUACACUGAAGCUCCCGUGGCAGCUGGAUUUGGUGUCGCAUUUUUUGUUUUGGGAACAACUGUGCAUAAGAUUGUAAGGGCGCUGAUAUACCCUUUCUAUAUCUCUAAAUUGCGAAAUGUUCCUGGGCCAAAGGAUAAUCAAUUUCUUGUUGGUCAAGCUAUUCGCCUGCUAAAAGCGGCCGGUCCAAACGAAUUGUAUCUCGAGUGGGUGCGCAAAUGGCCCGAUGCGCCCUUCAUUCGGCACCUUAGCUGGGGUAACUCAGAAGUCCUCUUGGUAAACAACCUGGAAGCAGCUCGCGAGGUGUUGCAGACACACGCAUACUCGUUUGUUAAACCGAGCUUCUUUGUGAAGCUGGUUGGUGAGAUGAUGGGCACUGGGCUCUUAUUCGGAGUAGGCGAGCAGCACAGGCAGCUAAGAAGAAUCACGGCUGGGCCCCUUGCGAAGCCGAACGUGCGAAAAAUGUUGCCGAUUUUCCAGGAUAAGGCUAAGGAGGUAUCUGACAUCCUUGACAAGGCGAUUGAGGGGGAAGACAAGGGGGUAGUUGAAGUUGAAUAUUUGUUUAAUCGAGCAGCCUUUAAAAUCAUCAGCACCGCACUCCUCAAUAGGGACAUCAGCAACUUCAGAUCCAAAAAUUCGCCACUUACCUUUGAACAAUGUUACAAGGGAAUCCUCGACCAGCCGCUUCUGGGAAAGCUGAUUACAUUUAUUAAUCCGUUCAUCCCGCUGCGAUGGCUUCCUAUUGAGGCCAACCUCGCCUUCAUCCGGGCUAAUACUGCCAUGAGGAGCAUGCUGGCUGAGCUCAUACAAGAGCGCGUGGAAGAGGUGCGGCUUCAGCAGAGCGAGAAGAAGGAGAAAAGUAGCCAAAACGACGAAAAGACGGAGAAGAAAGACUUUUUGACCAAUAUGAUUGAGGCAAAUCUUUCCGAAAGAAAAGGGGUCUCAGAGCAGGUUUUAAUUGAUACGGUCAUCCAAUGUGUCUCUGCUGGCCACGAAACCACAGCAGGAGCUCUCACCUGGACCACGUAUGCACUCAUCAAGUAUCCAGAAAUCCAGAAACGACUUCGCGAAGAGAUCGUUUCAACCCAGCAGAAGCAGCCAGAGCUCAGUGCAGCAACCAUCGAUAGUAUCCAUUACCUCAACAACGUCGUAAGUGAGAGUCUUCGAGUCUAUUCGCCGAGUCUGUUAGCACCAUGGGAAGCUGGCGAAGAUCUCGUAAUUGCAGGCGUCGCCAUCCCUAAAGGAACUACCGUCACAACGAUCCCCGCCAUGAUUCACUAUAAUCCGUCGGUCUGGGGAGCAGAUGUGAACGUCUUCAACCCAGAUCGAUGGGACGCGGUGACUGGAGCGGUGGCCAAUCCGUUUUCCAUUGAGGCCUUUAUCAACGGCCCGAGAACGUGUCCUGGAAGAGCAUUGGCGCUGCUGGAGAUUAAGACGAUCCUCGUGGAAAUGCUCAGCAAUUUCUCCCUGGAAGCUGUCAAUGAUGUCGACGUGGAGUUUUCGCAUCCGACGUUGACGCUGAAACCCAAGGGCGGUUUAAACGUUCGGGCACGGAGGCUGUAG